AUGAGCGACGAGGAAAGCAGCCCCCAGCGGGUAGCUAUUGGUAUAUCCUUUGGAAACUCGAACAGCUCGAUUGCAUACACCACCAGCGAAGGCAGGGCAGAGGUCAUCGCCAAUGAAGAGGGAGACCGACAGAUUCCUUCGAUAUUAUCGUACGUCGCGGGCGAGGAGUUCCAGGGCACGCAGGCAAAGACGCAGCUAGUGCGGAAUCCGAAGAACACCGUCGCAUACUUUCGAGACUUUCUGGGGCAGGAAUUCAAGUCAAUAGACCCCACGCCAUGCCAUCAAUCCGCCCACCCUCGAGAGCACGAGUCCACGGUAGCCUUCUCGAUAAAAGACACCGAGUCUGACGAUGAGAACAUCGUCACCGUCUCCGAGAUAACCACCCGGCACCUACGACGGCUGAAGAACUCAGCCUCAGACUACCUAGGCAAGAAGGUGAACGCAGCAGUCAUUACGGUGCCCACGAACUUCUCAGACAAGCAGAAGGAGUCAUUAAGCAAAGCGGCCAGCGAAGCUGGUCUCGAAGUCCUCCAGUUCAUCCAUGAGCCCGUCGCCGCCGUGCUAGCCUACGACGCCCGGCCAGACGCCAAGCUCUCCGACAAGAUCAUCGUCGUCGCCGACCUAGGCGGCACGCGCUCCGACGUCGCCGUCAUCGCCUCGCGAGGCGGCAUGUACAGCAUCCUUGCAACGGCGCACGACUACGACCUCGGCGGCGCGCUGCUCGACCAAGCCGUGAUGGACCAUUUCGCGAAGGAGUUCAUCAAGAAGCACAAAACGGAUCCUCGCCAGAACGAUCGCAGCCUCGCGAAGCUCAAGCUGGAGUCCGAGGCCGUGAAGAAGGCGCUCAGCAUCGGGGGCUCUGCCUCCUUCGGCGUAGAGAGCCUGGCUGAUGGCAUCGACUUCACGUCUACGAUCAACCGCACGCGCUACGAGCUGCUGGCCAACAAGCACUUCGCGAGCUUCACGCGGCUGAUCACACACGCCGUCGAGAAAGCCGAGCUCGACGUGCUGGACAUCGACGAGAUCGUUCUCGCGGGCGGGACGUCGCACACGCCCAAGAUCGCCUCGAGCCUGCGCAACGCCUUCCCGCCCACAACCAGCAUCCUGGCGCCCUCAACCUCCCCGACAGCAAUCAAUCCCUCCGAGCUCGUAGCCCGCGGCGCCGCGAUCCAGGCGAGUCUGAUCCAGGAGUACGAGACCGAGGACAUCGAGCAGAGCACGCAUCCCAUGGUAACCGUAACCCCACACCUGCGCGCCUCGAUUGGGGUGCUCUGCAUCUCCGGCUCCGAAUCCCAGGGCCUCUUCCGCCCGCUCAUCGACGCGGAGACGCCCGCGCCGGUCCGACGGACGGCGCAGUUCGCGACGCCGAAGGAGGGCGGGGAUGUGCUUGUUAAGAUUUGUGAGGGGGUGCGCGAGAUCAAGGUCACGCGGGCUGAGAAGCCGCAGACUAACGGCAGGAAAGAGGACGAUGAGGACAGUGAGGUCGAUAGUGACGACGAGCCGGAGGAGGUUAGGGAGAAGGUGUGGAGAGUUGGGAAGGUGCUUGCGGAGGCGGCGGUUAAGGGUGUCAAGAAGGGCGGGAAGGUCGAGGUCCAGGUUAAUGUUGGGCCGGAUCUAGCGGUGCAGGUUAUUGCGAGGGAGGUUGGUGGGAAGGGGGGCGUGAGGGGGAGUAUUGAGAAGCCGGCUGUCGUGGAGAAUGGGAGUGCUUGA